CGUCGGCACGCAAAGGUUUUCGAUUUCAAUUCACCACAAUCAGGUAAACAAACAUCUAUGAAAACUACCCUGAAACCCCAAAAUAUCAGCUAGGGUUGCUGCAGUUAAUAAUUUCUGUAAAGAUUUUCCACAAUCUCCCUAGAUCUGGCAGUAAAUUCUUGAACGUCUUGAACGCAACACUAUACUUCUUGGAAAAUUCAGAUACUGAAGACCAAACAGUGGCAACCCAAGCUCCCAGUCUCGACAGUCAUAACCACAAGGGUGUUUUCCGUGUUUCCUCCCCUCGCAAUCGGUGGUCGCUGUUCUCUCUUCAAAUUUCUCAAUUUCAACAAGAUUUAAGAUGAGCGAUUACGAAUCUGAAUCCGACGACGAUAAUAUUGAGGAUAUGCCUCCUCGUUCUUCCCUGCAAUAUCUGGCAAUUAGUACAAUCGUCAACAAUAUUGGAAGCUACGGAGAACGUAUUAGGAAAUAUAUUUCUCCUCCCAUUCGCAAAAUAUUGUUUGAAAAAGCAAAGGACAGGAAGAGAAAAAUUGGAGUAGAACAAAUCUGGGCUGCUCUUCCAUAUCUGGACCAGCAUAGGACGACUGAAAAAUUUAACUCCGGAGACUUCUCUAGCAUUUUCCGCUUGAAGAGAAAAAAUGGAGGAGAGAUUUCUGAGGCUCGUGUUUCGAUGGAAGAGUUCCUCCAAUACCUGGCUGAAUUUGUUCCGAACCUGCGAGAGCUCUUCAUUGAAGACCCAAGGCCAUGCGGAAAAAGAAAACAAGUAAAAAGAGUACGGCUUGAAGAGCCACUGGCCUCUGAUCUGCUUUUGAGAAUUGAAAAUUUGACACAUCUCCUCAUCAACAAUGUUAACAUCAAUUUUUCUGGAUUUAUACGCGUCUGUACAGAGAGCCAAAAGUUGCAGCAUAUUAAAGCAAAUAAUAUCUUGGUCGACAUCGAGCCAGAUGCUACAAAGAAGUGUCUGAAGAUGCUUGACUCCAAGUUCGACCACCAAGAGCACGAUGCACGGAAAUUUCCUCGUAAAUUGGGAAUAACUUUGCAGAAGUCAAACGCUGCUGGACCAUACCUAAAAGCAAUCGUCACUCUUUCGGAUGACUUCCUUCACCUGAGGCCAACCUUGACGUGCCUACACAUUUCCGCCCAGCGAGAUAAAGAUUUGACCGUCGAUGACAUAAAAAACGAUAGGAACCGUUUGCUGCUCAUGCUGAAAAGAGCAGGAGGGACUUUCAAAACUCUUAUCCUCGAGUUCAUUAGGCCUAAAUUGAACAUCACAUUCAAACACAUCUCUAAACACUGCAAUGACUUAGAAACCCUAGAAUUACUUAAUUCGUAUGUGUUAGGCGAUGACUCAAUAACAUCUUUUAGCCAACUGAAGAUAUUCAAAUGGCACAAUAUGUUUCAUUAUUGGGACUGGACCAUAAGGCUUGACAGGAUUCUUUCUGCGCCACAUCUUGAAACUAUGGAUAUUAUUGCCCUCAAAAUGAAUCUGGGUGACAAUAAAGAGUCACUUUUCCACAAGAUUAGAAAUCGUACGAUUUUGGACAAAGCGACUUUCAUUCGGAUUAUGAGUAUCGCAUAUUACGAAUACGGCAAAGAUCCCGAUCAAGAAGCGUUGUGCGAACUGGCUCGUGAACUGCGCAUUUUUAGCACUGAACCAACCAUGCCAGUAGAAAGAACUGUCAGUAUCCUUAUUGGCAAUCAUCGUGCAAUUAAUAUUAGGAAUACAUGAAUAGCGAGAUGUUAAGUCUUAAGAAUUGAAAUCACUGCAAUAUUUUUAAACUGUUUUGGUUACUUCAAAGAGAUCAAAAAAUAUUCUCUCAUUUUGUACUUGAAUGGAAAAUAAAUACGUAAUAAAUAAAGUUAUCUUUAUUUCCCUUUUUGUA